AUGUGGCUGGCUGUAGUUGUGACAUGUUUGAUCCAUGGAACUGUAUCAGCACAAGGACUUGUUGGCGAUAACGCACCUUUUAAUCCUGAAACAUUUAUGAAUAUUAGUGAGAUCAUCACCUACUGGGGAUACCCCAGUGAAGAGUAUGAUGUUGUGACAGUGGAUGGCUAUAUACUUAGUGUUAACAGAAUACCCCAUGGAAAAGUACAUGCUGACAACACAGGUCCAAAGCCUGUUGUGUUUCUGCAGCAUGGUUUACUUACAGAUGGCAGCACCUGGCUCACCAAUGUGGCUAAAAACAGCCUGGGCUUCAUUCUGGCAGAUGCAGGCUAUGAUGUUUGGAUAGGAAACAGCAGAGGGAACACCUGGUCUAGACGACAUGUAACCCUUUCAGUGCACCAAGCGAAAUUCUGGGCUUUCAGCUUUGAUGAAAUGGCUAAAUAUGACCUUCCAGCAGUGAUUGAUUUUAUUGUGCAGAAAACUGGACAAGAGCAGUUGUAUUAUGUUGGCCAUUCACAAGGCACCACUAUAGCUUUCAUAGCAUUUUCAACCAUGCCCCAGCUGGCUCAGAGAAUCAAAAUGUACUUUGCCUUAGCUCCUGUAGCCACAGUGAAAUAUGCCAAAUCCCCGUUGACAAAGCUUGCAUUACUUCCCAAUUUAAUGAUCAAGAUUUUAUUUGGGAAUAAAGAUUUCUUACCCCACACUUACUUUGGUGAGGUGGUUGCUGUUGAAUUUUGCAGCCAUGAGAUAUUAGCAGAGAUUUGUGGUAAUAUCCUGUUUGUGCUGUGUGGAUUUAAUGAGAAGAACUUAAAUAUGAGCCGAGUACAUGUGUAUACAGCACAUGCCCCAGCAGGAACAUCUGUACAAAAUAUGAUUCAUUGGAAACAGGCAAUUGAAACUGGUGAAUUUAAAGCUUAUGACUGGGGAAUCCUGUUCAACCAUUUGCACUAUAAUCAGGAUACUCCUCCCUUAUACAAUGUGAAGAACAUGCAAGUCCCAACUGCAAUGUGGAGUGCUGGAAAUGACUUGCUCGCUGACCCUAGGGAUGUUGCCCUUUUGCGCCAACAAGUCACUAAUCUGGUUUACCACAAGGCGAUUCCUGAGUGGAACCAUCUGGAUUUCAUCUGGGGCCUCGAUGCACCUAAGCGCAUGUAUAAUGAAAUCCUCGACUUGAUGAGGAAAAACCCAUGA